UUAGGGUGAUGGCAGCAGCUGCAACUUCUCAAUGGAGCUAACGGCAGCAAGAGUGGGUAUGUGAAAAAGGACCAACGCAGUCUUUUCAAUCACAAUAGACACAGUGCCGUCUCUCGUUUUCCGCGAAAGAGGGAAUACGUAAACGCCGAGGUACUACUUGCUCCUCCUCACUUGUGAAGAAGCCGAUUCAGAAGCCAUUGACCUGUCUCCUGGCUGAAGCUACCCAUAAUGCUCAUCCCUCCAUCUCUGAAAUGACAGGAUUUGCCCUACUGCCUGCGUUGAAAAGCAUUUAUUGAUCCUCUAGACAUUCUACAGGGCUUUGGGUGUGCCUCAUUAUCAUUUUUUACCACGUGGGUGUGAUUUUUUUUGGUUGAGGCCCAGAUGCAGUUGUGCAGCAUUUUGGGCGCGGUGACUCUCCUGCUUCCCCUGUGGGAGGUGGGCUGCUUGCAACUGAGCAUCAACUCAAAGCCUCGAGCCCCAAAGGCCCCUACGGGCCUUGGAGGGGCUCUACGCAGACACAAGCGCAGCUGGGUGUGGAACCAGUUCUUCGUGCUUGAGGAGUACACAGGCAAUGACCCUCUCUAUGUGGGAAAGCUGCACUCAGACGUGGAUAGGGGGGAUGGCAAUGUGAAGUAUGUGCUGUCGGGAGAGGGAGCAACCUCUAUCUUCAUAAUUGAUGAGAACACUGGUGACAUCCAUGCCACCAAGCGGCUGGACCGGGAGGAGCAGGCCUACUACACACUGCGGGCCCAGGCCGUUGACCGUGAAACCAACAGACCUGUGGAGCCUGAGUCCGAGUUCAUUGUCAAGAUUCAGGACAUUAAUGACAAUGAACCAAAGUUCCUAGAUGGUCCCUACACUGCUGCGGUUCCUGAAAUGUCCCCUCUGGGAACAUCAGUGGUCCAAGUGGCAGCAACAGAUGCUGAUGACCCCACUUAUGGGAACAGUGCCAGGGUGGUCUACAGUAUCCUCCACGGACAGCCCUAUUUCUCAGUCGAACCAAAGACAGGCAUAAUCAGAACAGCCCUCCCCAACAUGGACCGUGAGACCCGUGACCAGUAUGUGUUGGUCAUUCAGGCCAAGGACAUGGUGGGCCAGAUGGGUGGGUUAUCUGGCACCACGUCCGUCACUGUCACCCUCACAGAUGUGAACGACAACCCGCCACGCUUCUCCCGCAAAUCCUAUCAAUACACCGUGCUGGAGUCCCUGCCUGUGGCGUCUGUAGUGGCCAAGAUAGAAGCCAUCGAUGCCGAUGUGGGCUCCAAUGCAGAAAUGGACUACAGGAUUAUAGAUGGGGAUGGCCAAGGGAUGUUCAGAAUCUCAACAGACAAAGACACACAGAAGGGAGUCCUAACUCUGCAGAAGCCUGUGGACUUUGAGACUAGGGCCAGCUACACACUGCGGAUUGAGGCAACAAACCGGAAUAUUGACCCGCAGUUCCUUAGUCUGGGUCCAUUCAGCGACACGGCGACUGUACAGGUGACAGUGGAGGAUGUGGAUGAGCCGCCUGUGUUCUCUACGCUGGUCAACAAGAUGGUGGUCUCUGAGGCCGCCAAGGUGGGAACCAUUGUGGGGACUGUCUCAGCACAUGACCCCGAUGCCUCCAACAGCACUAUUAGGUAUUCUAUUGACCGCAACACGGACUUGGAGAGGUUCUUCAAUAUCGACGCCACAACUGGCAUCAUCAGCACGGCCAAGUCGCUGGACAGAGAAGUGAAUGCUGUGCACAACAUCACCAUUUUCGCCAUGGAAAGUCAGGACCCGUCCCAAGUUGGAAAGGGUAUCGCUGUGAUCACAGUAAUUGACAUCAAUGACAACGCUCCCGUUUUUGCCAUAGAGUAUGAGACCUUCCUCUGUGAAAAUGCCAAGCCUGGACAGGUCAUCCAGACCAUCAGUGCUGUGGACAAAGACGAGCCACCCAGUGGACAUCGCUUCUUCUUUGCCCUCACUGCUGAGGCUGCAGGCAACCUGAACUUCACUCUCAGAGACAACAAAGACAACACAGCCUCCAUCCUAACGAAGCGGGGAGGGUUCCGGCGCCAGGACCAGUUUCUGUACCAUCUACCUAUCCUGAUCGUAGACAGUGGAAGUCCCUCCCUCAGCAGCACCAACACUCUGUCCAUCCGGGUCUGUGACUGCGACCCAGACGGCAUUGCCCAGUCCUGCAGUGCGGAGGCCUACAUGCUCCCAGCCGGACUCAGCACCGGUGCUCUCGUUGCCAUUCUCGCCUGCGUCCUCACCCUGCUGGUUCUGGUCCUGCUUAUCGUGACCAUGCGCCGCCGGAAGAAGGAGCCUCUCAUCCUGGAGGAAGAGCGGGAUGUGAGGGAGAACAUUGUGCGCUACGACGAUGAGGGCGGUGGGGAGGAGGACACAGAAGCUUUUGACAUGAUGGCCCUGCGAAACCUCAACGUCAUUCGGGACCACAAGACGCGGCGGGAUGUGACCCCUGAGGCGACUUCUUUCUUUUCCUCUCGGCCGGCCUACAAGACCCUGCCGGACAAUGUUAUCUUCCGGGAGUUUAUAUGGGAUCGGCUGAAAGAUGCAGAUGUGGACCCAUCAGCACCCCCCUAUGACUCCCUGCAAACCUACGCAUUCGAGGGUAGUGGCUCCAUUGCAGAAUCGCUCAGCUCGCUGGAGUCACUGAGCACAGACUCCGACCAGAACUAUGAUUAUCUCAGUGAUUGGGGGCCUCGUUUUAAGAAGCUGGCUGACCUGUAUGGGAACACCGAAGGCUGCAAUAUAUUCUCAUAGCCCUGUUUUACAUUUACUGUUCCCAUUGACUGUGGAGGUAAAAUUGAUAAAAAUGUAAGAUUAUUUACAUUGUUACAUAAAGUGAAAAUGUAGGCUGACCCAGAGAGCGGAAAAAAGCAGGGGCUCGUUCUUUGGACAGUAGAAACCUACUUUUGACCAAGAAAGCAAGAAAGAAAAAAGUUACAAGAACACAAACAACCAUGAGAACAUUUUCAAUUCAGAAGGUGUUACUCCUCAAUUUCCUGAAGACAAUUUUUUUUAAGAGGAUAAACAAGAGAAGUUUUGACAUCAACCAUAAAUAUGAUAUUCCCAGAGAAAUGUACAGGGCAAAGACUAUGAAAUGUAGAUGCUGCCAUGGGAGCCAGCCUGGGACUUCAACUACUGGACCUAAUAAGUGGAACCUCAUGUGUUGACCCUGGCUCCUGUGUCUGAGCUGGGUGGAGUCCCAGCAUCAGUGUUAUUCGCCUAAUGCUGCAAUGCAUCUUACUGCUUUUGUUGUUCUCCAAGUGACAUCUUUUUUUUAUUGCUUUUUCUGUAGUGGUUGGUCAGUACAGCGGCAGUUUAAUCAGUUCAGUGGUCAUUAAGAGUGUACAAUUCGAUCAGUAUAAGGUGUUUCUUUCUUUUUUUUCAUGGAUUUUUAGGGAAACGGAACAAAAUGUCACAACAAUGGGCUUGUAGUCAUUAGAAGAGAGAGUUUAGUGUAGGAUGAAAAAAAAAACAGCAGGAUUAAAUCCAUCAAUGUUUCCUAACAAGGGUGUGUAUGCUAGACAUGAGUCUAGCGAAGCAACUGCUCUAUUCCUAUGUAAAAGAGACUUUACAAUCACAUACCAAGAAAUAGAAAAGGGGGAUCUCUAGCUGAGGAAAAAAAAAAAAUCUGUUCCCUGUUGAGGUAUUCUGAUGUUUCCUCUGUUCGAUACAGAAGAAUAAACACUUUCUCGCUUGCGCUGGUAAACAUUGUCACAAACAGUGUGAUCUUUUCCUGAGAAAAAAAUCAUAUCCUUAGAGUAUGCAGCCUGGGUCUUUCUGAGGUUUAGUCAAGAUUGAAUUAUGCUUCUGUAUGGGAUGAACAAAACACACAGGAGCAAGUAGCUGGCUCUGAAAAGAUGUAUAUUUUAAAGUAUUUUGGUGGUAGACCUUGAAGGGUACUUUGUACCCAUGUGGCUCAUGCAUAAGAAAACUAAUGUAAAUUAGUUUGAGAAUUUGAAAGUCACAGGCUUGUC